AAUACUAAGAGGAGGAAGCAAAAACAAAACCAAAAAAACAAAACCACCCCGUGCAAUUGGCUUCGAGUGCAUGUUGCGUCACAAAAAGGAACUGUUUGCAAGCGUGUGACCAGAAGGAGGAGAGGUGGGGGCAGGGCUCGGCUCAAACUUUAUAAUCAGGUAGUUUAUUGAAAUGGAAGGGAUAUCACGCACACAGUCGAGGCAUCUCUGCAGCACAUAGUCUCUUAAAGAAGAGGCCAUAUGAAAAAAUACAUGCAAUGAAAUUUACAACCUCAGGACUGCACUCAGCAGACGUGUGAAAACUGUUACACUGUUUCAACAUGGAGGAAGAAACCCAUGAAAGCUCAUUUGGGCCUCAAGAAAAAAUAAGUUUGAGCUCAUCCAUGAAUGCAAACCGCUGCUAUGGCUCCAUAGCCAGCGAGCCAGAAGAGAACCAACCUUUCACUACCAAUGUAAACGACAUCAAGCUCUCUCGCCGGAGAUCUUACAUUGCCGUGGCUGUGCUGUGCUACGUGAACCUGCUCAACUACAUGGACCGCUACACGAUCGCAGGAGUUCUGUCUAGCCUCCAGAAAUACUUUGGCAUCAGUGACAGCACAUCUGGACUAUUACAGACAGUUUUUAUUUGCAGCUUCAUGCUGCUGGCUCCAGUCUUCGGGUACCUUGGAGACCGUUACAACAGAAAACUGAUCAUGGUGGGCGGGAUGAUCGCAUGGAUUGUCACAACACUGGGCAGCUCUUUUGUCACGGCAGAGUAUUUCUGGGUGCUGGUCCUCAUGCGAGCCUUGGUUGGUACUGGAGAGGCCAGUUACUGCACAAUAGCUCCAACCAUUAUUGGAGACCUGUUCACUGGCUCCCAAAGAACCCUCAUGAUUGCCUUCUUCUAUAUCUUCAUCCCUGUUGGAAGUGGUCUUGGGUACAUUCUGGGAGCCACAAUCGCUACUGCUACAGGAGACUGGCGUUGGGCCCUUAGGCUGAACCCAAUUCUGGCGCUACCCGGGUUGAUACUUCUAGUAUUCCUGACCCCCAACCCUCCACGAGGCGCCUCCGAAACAGAUGGAGAAGCAUGCAUAGAGCACACGUCUUACCUAGAGGACAUCAAAUAUCUACUCAGGAACCGGAGCUUUGUGUGGUCCACUCUGGGAGUGACUGCCAUGGCUUUCGUCACAGGUGCAUUGGCUUUCUGGACACCCACCUUUAUGUCUCGGGCUCGAGUCAUCCAGGGCAUCACUCCUCCAUGCUCAGAAGAACCAUGUGACCCUUCGGACAGUUUUGUCUUUGGGGGAAUCACGGUGGUGACGGGUAUUGUUGGCGUUUUCAUCGGAUCCUUAAUAUCUAGGCAGCUGAGAGACAAAGUGGCCAAUGCUGACCCUCUCAUAUGUGCUGUGGGAAUGCUCAGUUCUGCUCCUUGCUUGUACAUCGCCAUGGUCCUGGCAUCCAUCAGCAUUCCUGCCACAUAUACUUUUAUUGGUAUUGGAGAAAUCCUACUUUCUCUGAACUGGGCCAUUCUAGCUGACAUCUUACUGUAUGUUGUCAUACCAACCCGAAGGGCAACAGCGGAAGCUUUACAGAUUUUAACAUGUCACCUACUUGGUGAUGCAGGAAGUCCAUAUCUUAUUGGCAUAGUCUCAGAUGCUCUGAGUAAGCUUAAACCCGACUCUGCUGACUGGAGGUUCCGCAGUCUAGAGUACAGCGUCAUCCUGUGCCCUUUCAUCGGUGUUCUGGGAGGCCUUUUCUUCCUCCUGACUGCCCUAUAUAUCAAAGAGGACAGGAAAGCUGCCGAGAUGCUGAUGAAAGGAGAAACUCCAGACCAAGCUGAACCCGUCACAGAGUCAACAUGACCUAUAAGCACACGCUCAAUAGCACAUUGAAACUACUGGCGAAAAAAUUUAACCACUGAAGUUCAUAGGCACUGCUCUGUAAAUAUUGCAAAUAUUGUGAUUUCCUUUUAACAUGUUUUAAUACUAUUUUUAUUGUUGUUUUUUAUGGACCAUUGCGCAGUUAUAUACAGUACAGUUUUGUCAAAUGGUAUUUUGUAUGUCUUUGAGUAUGUCGAUGUGCAUACUUUAGGAGAAUCUUUAAUCCCACCAGCCAUAACACCUAACAGGGUUCUCAGACAUCCUUAUUUGAUAUCCUAAAUUAAGGAGAUCAGUAAAAAAUAUUUUACAUCUGUGACUGUCCUGUGCUCUUUAAUAAACACCUACAUUUUUAAAAACACAGUCAGGAAACUUCUAGGCAGGGAGGCGGUUCUCUCUGACUGUCAGUUAUAAUAUAAGCCCAUAUAAGGGUAUGCUGUAAAUGAAUGAUGGAGUAGGAGACAACACUAGGUACAAGGUCUUCUCAUCUCCACUUAAAACUCACUUUUCCAGUUUAACCAUGUACAAUAUUACAUUUUUAUCUCAUUAUAAUUGUUUAAGCAAUUAUGUUGAGUUUCACUUAUGUUCACAGUUUCAUUAAGGAUUGUUUGUGGUAUGUUGUUGCAGUGGGUAACGUUGCUGCCUUACAGCUCCAGGGUCCCCGGUUUGAUCCUGAGCUCAGGUUACUGUCUAUAUGUGCCAUGUCAACAUCAGAAUCGGUGUCAAACUACAAUUCCCAGAGUACAGCGUGGCCUACACACGUGGCUGCCGAGCACUACAACUCACAGCCAUUACACUGGGUAUGUCUCAACCAGCUCCCUAGUUCAGUAGGUGGUGAAUCAGUAUAUUAUGUACACGCGUUUGGGCACUGGUAACGACUUAAAGACUCACUACACAUUGGGACACUGAUAACUGAAUUUCUGGUGACAUGACUACAUACUUGCGUUAUAAAACCUCACCAAAAAUUAAAAUGUCAAAAUAUUUAAGUUUUAUAUGUUAUAUAAAUUUGUUAGCUUAAUCACACAUAUUUCUGUCAUAAUAUUUCAAGCAGAGUCAUAGUCAAGCUAGUGGAUAAAAUCAUUAAACCCUUAAUAGCCGAUAGACUCAAACUGUAUAUAGAGCUUCAGAUGAAGUUAAAAUUCUGUUUUUUCUCGUCGUGCUCUUGCCUGACCUGUUGUUUGUUGAUUGCCUAUCUCUUGCCUGAAGCCUGUUUCAUGAAGCGAGUUGCAGAGUAAGCUUUAAUUAAGGGUAACAGGUUUCAUGACGUUGGUUAUCAACUUUCUCAGUCGACCCAGGUGUUAACCCAGAAUCAAGGUUUACUGCGUGUGCAUAAAAGCCAGACGUUUGUAGCAAAUAGCCAAUAGCGUUCAACGUGGACAAUUGGUCAACAUGGCCAAAGCGCUGGAAAAUUGCUCAUUGUGUAAAUGCGUAAGUUUACUUUUAUAGGCUCACAAUGAGAAUAAACGAUUUGAAAACUUAUAACCGCAAUGUAUUUCAUGUCAUUUCAUUUAGUAUAAAUGUAAAUUAUUUUAAUUACAUAUUAAUUAGAGAUGCACCUAUAUUAUAUUUCUUAGCCAAUACCGAUAACCGAUUAUUCGGAGUGAUAUCGGCUGAUACCGAUAACAGAUACCGAUAGUUCUGCCUUUUAUACCUUCUUUUAAAUGAAUAAUAAUUAAUUCCACAAUUCUGAAAGAAAUGCAAAUAAAAACUUUAUUCUCUCCAUUUCAACAAGUUGUUUCACAGUAACUGGUCUCAUAAACAGAAAACACAUUACUCUAAUUAACAUUAACACAUGAACUACAUUCUGAAGAUUAAAGUAAGAUUUCUUAACUUAUUGAAUGUUAUUAAUUCAUAUUAACAUUGACUGAAGUCUAAAAAACCUCCUGUUACUCUCACAUUCACUCACCACAAACACAAGCAU